AUGGAUGCGCCUGGCACUACAGAAACUACUGGGGGAGCUGAUAAGGGCCUCGCUGAGAACGACACCCCUAUGCGCAGCCGAUCACCUUCCGUUACGAACACAGACGAACACAAUCGACGUCAUCAGGACGACGACGAUGAUUCUCAGGAUAGCGGAGAUCAGGAAGAGGAGGAUGAGGAUGAUGAAGACGAAUCAGAUGACGAAGACGAAGAACCGAAGCUCAAAUACGCAUAUCUCACCAAGCACUUGGGAUCGGUGUAUCGCAAUGGAGACGCAACAAGCACAUUCCUCGUUGCAGGAGACAAGAUGAUUGUGGGAACCCAUAACGGCAUAAUUCAUGUCCUAUCUCUGCCCCUUCUGCAACCUCUCCGUGUAUACCAAGCUCACUCGGCAAGCGUGACUUCGAUUUCCAUAUCGCCAUUCCCUCCUCCUUUACCGUCCUUCAAAUUCGAUUCUCCUCUCAGACAGACCGAGGAUUACCGUCCUCCGACUCGGACUUCCACUAGCUCGGGCAGCAUUCGGGGUCAGCCCAGAGGCCAGCAAGGAGCCGUCCCAGCUACACCAUCGAACUCCAUAUACAUCGCAUCUGCAUCAAUCGACGGCAAUGUGUGUAUAUCAUCAUUGAUAGAUCCGAAGGAUAUUCUCAAACGAAACUUUGGUCGACCUGUUCAGGCAGUCGCUCUUUCACCAGAUUACAAGAAUGACAGGACUUUUAUUUCGGGCGGACGAGCUGGCGAAUUGAUUUUGACCACUGGUGGCCGUAUUGGAGUUAGUUCCAAUGCUACCACAAUGGGAGGCGCCACUGCAGCGGCGUCAAGCUGGCUGGGGUCCAUGGGACUGGGCGUCAACAGUGGAAAAGACACAAUAAUACACAGCGGAGAGGGGGCGAUCAGCACGGUCAGGUGGUCCCUCUCAGGGAAAUAUGUGACCUGGGUCAAUGAAGAAGGCAUUAAGAUCAUGCGCUCCAAUCUACACCUGGAGUCUUCAGAGCUGGAAUUCGCUUGGAAACGAAUCAGUCACAUCGAUCGGCCUAAUGGUCCUGGGUGGGAAGAAAUGUCCAGCGUCUGGAAAGCGCGGUGCGAGUGGAUAGACCAGGCGGCUCUGGACGAUCACGACAACCUUGAUUCUCGAGAGGACGCGACACGACAGCCAAUGCAACCUCCACCACUUCCCAGCAAUGUUGAGAAACUUGUGGUAGGCUGGGGAGGUACCGUGUGGGUCAUUGAUGUUUACCCGGAUCGAGCGAGCAAGCACUCGAAGGGUGAGAAAUAUGGUUCUGCUGAGGUUUCGACAAUAUUGCGAACGGACUGUGUGAUAUCUGGCAUCUCCUUGUAUACGCCUCGCCUUCUCGUUGUCUUGGCAUAUAUGGAGGCUGAGGGCGACAAGAGUUCUGGCACCCGACAUCGUCAAAGAGGCCAGGAACCCGAGCUGCGAGUCAUCGAUAUAGACACGAAGGAAGAGCUCAGUGCUGACACCCUUUCUGUCAACCGAUUCGAGGGACUGACCUCAUCGGAUUAUCAUCUAAGCGUCCUGCCUCCGUGGAAAACCCCAGAAGGCCAGACUGUACAGCGCGGUGCACUGGGGACUCUCGGGCAUGGCCUGCUGGAUGCCACCAUGUAUUCUGCACGUCUAUUUAGCUCUGGUGCUAGCAUUCGCAGUAGUACGAGCAGUGGUGACAAAAUUUCCGCGAGGGUUCCUCCGUCGUUCAGCUCUAGGCAGCUUUCUAUUGAUGAUCCACCCCCUAAGGAAGUACAGGAUGUUGCUGCUGCACCAGGUGCGAAAAUAUUCAUCCACAGCCCAUACGACAGCGUCGUUGCCGUCAAGAGAGAUCUCUCAGACCGAUUGGCUUGGUUGGACUCUCGUGGAGAAUAUGAACAAGCAUGGAAACUUCUUGAUGAGCAUCCAGAAGCUGCAGGACCGGCACUGGACUUGAAAGAGGUUGUCCCGGGGUCACUUAAAUCCCAAUCAAGUCUGGGAGACUUUUUCGCGGAUGACCGAUCGUCGAUUAAAACCGCUGCUCGAGACCAAGCUUCUCCUGUUCACCAAGAAAAGGUUCGACUUGGCGAACUGUGGGUCGGGCAUCUCGUACAAGAAGAAAAAUGGAGCGAAGCCGCCACAGUUUGCAGUAAGGUUCUCGACAAUGCAUCUCGGUGGGAACGCUGGGCUUGGACAUUUAUCAAGAAUGAUAAAUUGAACGAGAUUACUCCUCAUAUCCCGACAAAUCUGCACCCUUCCCUGGCUUCAGGGGUGUAUGAGGCCAUUCUCACGUACUAUGUCUCUCGAGAUGUUACGAAAUUCAAAGAGCUGAUUGAAAAAUGGCCUUCUGAUUUGUUCGACCCUGAUGUGAUGACACAGGCCAUUGAAGAACAGCUGGCGUCCAGUUCAAUCCAUGAGGAUUCUGAAACGUGGAGAACUCUGACAGACUGUCUUGCUAAGAUGUACCUUGUUGGAGGGCACUAUCGUGAAGCCUUGCAUCGCUAUAUUCAAUUGCAAGACGCAGAUGCAGCCAUGGCGCUGAUCAAGGAGCAUCGCCUAGUUGAUGCAGUUUCCGAUAAUAUCACAGCUUUCAUCACUAUCCGUAUCUCCAAGGCACAAAUGAAAUCGGCGCCGAAAUCAGAGCUGGAAGAACUAGCUGCAGAACCCAUUCAUCUGCUUGCUAGAGAAGCCUACACGGGUAUUGUUCCUCCUGAAACUGUGGUCCACCAACUCAACGCUGCGAAUCGCAUUCUCUUUGUCUAUUUCUAUCUUCGUGCGCUGUGGCGAGGCGAAUAUCUCCCUCAAGACGCCUCAAAACCUCAAAGGGGCCGCGGAGCUCAUGCGCGCGAUGCAGCGAGCAAAUUGGCAGCCGCAGAAGGCAAGGCUCUCAUCGACAGGUUUGCUGAUACUGCUGUGGAGGUAUUUGCCGAUUACGAUCGACCGCUGUUGAUGGAAUUCCUCCAGACAAGCAUCUCCUACACUUUCGAGACCGCAACUUCAAUUUGUGAACAGCGCCACUUCACUCCAGAGUUGAUUUUCUUGCUGUCCAAGAUGGGCCAGACUAAGCGAGCCUUGAACCUGAUCCUGUCAGAUCUAAAGGAUGUUUCCCAAGCCAUCUCUUUUGCCAAGUCGCAGGAUGAUCCUGAUCUCUGGGAAGACCUUCUUGACUACUCUAUGGACAAACCUAAGUUUAUCCAUGGGCUUCUUGUAGAGGCUGGAACUUCAAUAGAUCCAAUCAAGCUUGUCCGUCGGAUUCCCAGCGGCCUAGAAAUUGAAGGUCUACGAGAUGGUCUUACCCGCUUGAUCCGCGAAUAUGACUUGCAGAGAAGUAUAAGUAAAGGAGCUGCCCGGGUGAUGCAAGGUGAAGUCGCACUGGGUAUGGAUAGCCUGCGCAAAGGACAGCGCCGUGGAAUUAAGUUCAACAUCGCCGAAGAAAUUACGGAUGAGAAGGAACCAACCUUAACGCCGACUUUAGACCGCCCUAAUCCAGAGGCUGCAUCGAUGUCUAGCAGCUCAACCAAGCGCGUUGGUGCUAAGCAGGGUACAUGCGGCGGCUGCCAGGCUCCGUUCAGUGCCAACGAACGAGAAAUCCUGGUUGGCUUUGCGUGUGGUCAUGUCUUCCAUCUAUCCCACCUGCAUUCAGAUGCAUCACAGCAACAUUCGAGCAUAAGCAGCCCGGUGGAUCGCACACCUCGGCCCUCAUCCCCGAUAGAGGAGCCUACCUCUUCAACAGCAUCACGCACAGUGGGCCCUAAGGUGACAACGGCCCGUCUCUUACGGGACAAGAUUGGUGAUGGAUGCCGAAUCUGUGCAUUAACCAGGAAGAUCGAGUCCCUCGGUAACGAGGAAUCGUGA